CCAAAACAAGGAAAUGAAGGGAGGAGGCGGGACUGUGGGUGCCUGCGGGAGCCGCCGCCGCCGCCGCGGAGGAGGAGGAGGCGGAGGAGGUGGCUGCCGCGGCCGCCGAGGAGUCCCUUGCUGAAGGCAGACCGCGGAGCGGCGGGCGGCGCGCGCGCGCCCGAGCGACGGCUGUUCGAGAAGUGGAGCGGCGGCGGCGGAGGAGGGACUGAGUGGCGGCGGCCCCCGCGUCCCGGUUUCUCUAUGGGGGAAGCAGACAAUGGAUUAUGAUUUCAAGGCGAAGCUGGCGGCGGAGCGGGAGCGGGUGGAGGAUCUGUUUGAGUACGAAGGGUGCAAAGUGGGACGCGGCACCUACGGGCACGUCUACAAGGCGAGGCGGAAAGAUGGAAAAGAUGAAAAGGAAUAUGCACUUAAGCAAAUCGAAGGCACAGGAAUAUCUAUGUCGGCUUGUAGAGAGAUUGCACUUUUGAGAGAACUGAAGCACCCUAAUGUGAUCGCACUGCAGAAGGUGUUCCUUUCUCACAGCGAUAGGAAGGUGUGGCUGCUGUUUGACUAUGCAGAACAUGACCUUUGGCAUAUUAUUAAGUUUCACCGUGCAUCAAAAGCAAAUAAAAAGCCCAUGCAGUUACCAAGAUCCAUGGUUAAGUCGCUGCUGUACCAGAUCCUCGAUGGUAUCCAUUACCUCCACGCAAACUGGGUGCUCCACAGGGACCUGAAACCAGCAAAUAUCCUAGUAAUGGGAGAAGGUCCUGAAAGGGGGAGAGUCAAAAUAGCUGACAUGGGUUUUGCCAGAUUAUUCAAUUCUCCUCUAAAGCCACUUGCAGAUUUGGAUCCAGUAGUCGUGACAUUUUGGUAUCGGGCUCCAGAACUUUUACUCGGUGCCAGGCAUUACACAAAGGCCAUCGACAUCUGGGCAAUAGGCUGCAUAUUCGCUGAGCUCUUGACUUCCGAACCCAUUUUUCACUGUCGUCAGGAAGAUAUAAAAACAAGCAAUCCUUUUCAUCACGAUCAACUGGAUCGAAUAUUUAGUGUCAUGGGGUUUCCUGCAGAUAAAGACUGGGAAGAUAUUAGAAAAAUGCCAGAGUACCCAACACUUCAAAAAGACUUUCGAAGAACAACGUAUGCCAACAGCAGCCUCAUAAAGUACAUGGAGAAACACAAGGUCAAGCCUGACAGCAAAGUGUUCCUUCUGCUUCAGAAACUCCUCACCAUGGAUCCAACCAAGAGAAUUACCUCAGAGCAGGCUCUGCAGGACCCUUACUUCCAGGAAGACCCCCUGCCAACAUUAGAUGUGUUCGCUGGCUGCCAGAUUCCAUACCCCAAAAGAGAGUUCCUCAAUGAAGAUGAACCGGAAGAGAAAGGUGACAAGAACCAGCCACAGCAGCAGAACCCACAUCAGCAGCCUGUAGCCCCCCAACAGCAGGCAGCAGCCCCCACACAGGCUCCUCCACCACAGCAGAGCAGUGCCCAGACCAAUGGAACUGCUGGGGGAGCCACUACCGGUGGCGGGGCCGCUGGAGCCGGUCUGCAGCACAGCCAGGACUCUGGGCUGAAUCAGGUGCCUCCAAACAAGAAGCCCCGGAUUGGGCCUUCGGGUGCAAACUCAGGCGGGCCUGUUAUGCCAUCGGAUUAUCAGCACUCCAGUUCUCGCCUGAAUUACCAAAGCAGCGUUCAGGGGUCCUCUCAGUCCCAGGGUACCCUAGGCUACUCGUCAUCUCAGCAGAGUACCCAGUACCACCCGUCUCACCAGGCCCACCGGUACUGACCCACUGCCCGCUUGGCCUCGGGGAGCACAGAGCCGGCGGCAGGGUGGUUUCUGCAAUACAAAGAACCCCACGCUGAAGACUGACGUCAUGCAAAGCGCAGAUGUGUGAGAGGGAACCUUUGCAUGCUAAGUAUUUUGAAGGACGAAUAUCUCUUCUUCGUUGACUUAAAGAAGAGUCUUGUGAAGUGUCCCCAGCCCUCUUCCCCGCAUGAAUUCCUCUCUGACUUUCCUGAUGAAGCGUCUUUUCUACCCCAGCACUUCUGCAUCCUUCAGCAGUCUCUGGAGGAGUUUCUGGUGCACCUUUCUCACGCUGUAGCAAUCAUUAUAAUUUAUCUUGUCUUAGGAUCUCAAUGUUCUAGGAACAGGGCUCCAGUGCUGUAAAGUUUUGUACUUCAUGAACUGAUCUAGCAACACCAGUCAAAUGCACCUUUUAAAGCACUACACAGUCUUCACAGACUAACUGCUUUGCUCUUGGAAGUCUUAAAAAGAAACUGUUACUGUCCCAAAGUACUUUACUAUUAUGUUCUAUUUAUCUCUUUCAGGGAAGGUUAGUGAAAGACACGUGUGGGACAGACCGUGCCCACAACCAAAAACAGCUUAGGUCUUUGCAGCUACCUGCUUAUGCUAUGAAGAACUGAAGUACUUGGUGGUUUUUAUAUAAUCAUUCAUGGGGAACUCAGUUCCCAGAAUCAUCAUAUUCUGAAUAAUAUUCAGUGAUUAAAAUUAUAAUUUUAACUUCAUGUAGCUAAGUCUACUUUAAAAGAGGUUUCAAGAGCUUUGAUGGAAUCCAGUCCUUUGGGACUCACCUGGAAGUCUGAAGAGACUGUUUCCUGCACUAGGACCUCACAAGGAGUCAUGCUGAUCAAAGCGCGCUUCGUCCACUUGAGGGAAAAGCUUUUUCCAUGUACAUCUCGGAGCUUCUCUCAAGGCGCUGCUGGUUCUUCAGUCUCUUCAUGUCUGGUCAGCAUGAGUAACUUUGUUUCAUAAUCAAGGAUGCUCAGAUAGAAGCCUGUUAACUCAUCUGCAGUGUUCUCCAUUUGUAUGGACAGAGCAUAAAGUGACUAUUUUUAAAGCAUGUUAAACUUUUAGGUUUCAUUCAUGUUCGAAGUGUGUAUUAUGUAUGCAUAAUUUUGCUGUUACUGAGACUUAACGCUGUCAAGAACCUUUUUUAUUGCACUGAAUGCUUUCUUUUGCCCCUAGGAAGAAACUUAAUAAUUGUGCCUACGAACUAUGGGCAGAUAGUGUGAAGUAGAUGAGGUGAAGAUUUGCAUUUCCGUGAUCUACGAAUUAGAGGGGGUCCUUCCUUAGCUCCUUCUGAGGACCCCCACACACCUCCAGAGUCGAGGAAACGUAAAGGCUUAGCACUCCCAUUGCAGUGCAGGGCCAGGAUACCCUGUUCUGAUGCCCCUGCAGUGCCCAGCCUUGUUCUCCAUGGUUGUUGAGCUAGAAUAAAAUAGCCAGUUGUUGUAUAUGCAAACUAUAUGAUUUUUAAAAACUAUUCUUGUGAACCUAUCUACCUGGUUCUGAUACUCUGGGGUCCAUAUACAAGUAAACUAGGAUUUUUUAGAAGCCAGUAUACAUUUUGCACUAUUGAUGUAAUACUGUAGCCAGCCAGGAUCAUACUGAUUUCAGCAUAUUUAUGCUUAUAAAUAGUAAUACAGGCUUAUAGUGACAAGCAUACCAGGGCCGAACAUGAAGGCAUCGACACGUGACAUGCUUCGUUGGGAGGAAUUUCUGACCGUCUCCUUAGAUUUCUUUUUAUCCCUUAUAUCUUUUUUAAAAUAAGGAUCAGCCUACUGCAUCGUGUUGCUAUCCAUAUAAAGUUCUGUCCCGUGCCCUGGAGCCCUUUGUCCAGGGCCACUGUUCCCUUAUCACAGGCCCAGUGCUCUGCUGGGUGGGAAAACAGAGAGCAGGAGACAUUUCCUUGUUACAGCCAAUCCCGUGACAAUAAACUCAUGUGGGAGUGUCAGGUGCCAUGAAGGUCCUUUUGUUUACUUCUGAACCCACUUGGAUAACCAAGCUUCCUUCUGCAUUUUAUGGUAAACAGUGUUACGGGGAAGCAGGUCUGUCUGACCACUGAGGAGAAAGCCGGUGAUGAGCCGUCACACAGGCAUCUAUGCAUAUUUGAGUUCACAGCAGCAGGCAGCAGCAGGUGGUGGCCCCUGUGGAUAGCGUAUUGUACUAGGUGGUUGUGGAAAGUGACAAUGAAAACAAGCCCUGCUCUGGCCCUCGAGUAAGCUCCAUAGUAACAGGCAUUAGACCAGUCUGUGUGUAUCCAUAGUAACAGGCAUUAGACCAGUCUGUGUGUAUCCAUAGGUAUAUAUUAGGACAGUGCUCUACACAGACUGGAUCCACAGUUCGGCCAUGUGCACUCACACAUUCAUAGGACUGUUCUGGUAAAACUGACUCACACAGGGCACUUUGUCAUUCGCUCCCAGUAUCUGUUUUCCAGGACAAAGCCAGAAACCUUCGCUGUAUAUACAACUGGGCUCCACAUCGCUGCACUGAUUCUGACCCUUUGAGUGUCCCUUCUUCCUCAGGGUGGGUGAUGCGUACCUGUGCCCAGUACUCUCAGAAAUGAUUUCUGUUUGUCCUUUCCUUUCUCUGUCAAGGAAGCAAAGCCUUUUGUAUUCAUUAAGGCCAUAGUCCAUGGGUUGGGACCUCUAAUAGGACCAUGGGACCCAUGGAGCUCCUUAAGGGUGGAGUUUACCUCCGUGAGCCUUGAGUGAUGGUAUUUCUCUUUGACCGUUUAUUAGAUACUAUUUUAUUCUCUAGGGACACAGGGAGGCACCCUCUGACUUAGGGGAGCUCGAGUCUAGGGAGGGAUUGAAGGGUUGAGUUGAAAGGUUUCUGUUCUUUAUAUUAAAAGUCACUUUUACCCGUAGCUUUGUGGCAAGGUGUUUGAGGGAAAAGAUUGAGGCGUUUGCGAACAGAGUAGCUCAAAGUAAGGUAGCGUGAGUCGGUAACUUGAGGCUGAAGCAAUCCCUUUGAUGAAGUAAACCAUGAAGUGAGAUGCAGAAAUCAAGGAGGGGACAAGUCUACUUUUUAUGUCUGCGCUUUGGAAACCUUAGGACUUAAGAGCUCUGACAUGCUGCACUCUGUAACACGGCUUCAUGGCGGGAAGGGAGGGCCUCACGUCCACACACGCUGGCUGCCUCGUUCCUGGCUGUCCCUAGCUGUCCCUAGCUGUCCCUGAGAUGAUGCUGUGCUUCACUAGGAGGAAAAGCAGUUGGAGAGUAAGACUUGCGGCUUGCUUGCUUCUGAGAUAUAGCAACAGCCACAUGCUGCUCCCUCGGUGACCGAGAAAGACCAUGAAGGGCCGUUGGGCUUAUGGAGACCGGAAGAAGUCCAGCACGAGUAAUAACUUUAUACAAGGUGUAGCAGUUUAGGUCCUCUUAAUCAUCAAGAAUAGUUAGAUACAGCCCCAGUCUCAGAAGUGUAUGGUCCCCGAGGCGGUACUUACCUUCCAAGCCGUUUUCAACAGGGAGUGACGCUAGCGUGUUAUAUGGGAAAUACCUAAGGCACUGUUACCACCCACAUAGUGAGUAAAUUAAUACUAUUUCAUUUAAAAAAAAAAAAAAAGCUUUGUCUGGGUAGACACUAAAAGCAUUAUAUAAAGCCAAGACUGAGAUGUCCUUUUUAAUAACAACUGAUAGUCCUUUUAUAUAUGUUACACAGUAUGUCCUUUCUAAACUAGUUUGUAUUCCUGAUAAUUCCUGUUUGUGAAGUGUACCUCUCUCUCACUUUGGUCAUUUUCUGCACGCACCCCCUCUGUAUGAUCGUAGAUACUGCCGCGGCUCUCCUUGCUCUGCUGUGAUGUGUGUACCCCAAGCCCACUGCCCCCCGAAGCCCACUCUGGGGAUGCAGGGUGUGUGGCCUCGGCGUCUUCAGAACUGGGUGCUUCUGCUCUGGAGUUACCCGGCCACCCUCCUCAGAAUGGCUGUUCCAGCUAUGAUGAGUUACGUCACAUUUAUUUUGUAUUCUUGGUUGAAAUAAAAUUUAAUUGACUUU